GAGAGAAUUCAUUCGCGAAACCAAACACAUUCUAUGUUUACCGCGUUUGACAAUCAAAUCAAAAUGCAGAACCACACGUGCACAUCGUACAGCCGCUUUUAUGAAUCUUUUUGAUUGGUCACUUUUAUAAUUUCUUGCUUUAAUUUUUGUUACAUAAAGUUAAUACUAAUUUUUUUCUUUAGAAAUUACCAGAACCUUCAUAUUAAUAAUUCAUUCACUUUAUUCCAACAUUUUUUUUUAAUUAUUUCGUAUUUUAUUUUCUGUUCACCCCUUUCAGAUAAAUCUCUCGUUUUUCUUUUUCUUUCUCACUAUUCCUUCUGAAUUCCCAACACGGUUCUCAAUUUUCCUGUUUUUCUUCUUCAGCCUUUGGUUUCCCAGAUUUAUUUUCCAAUUCGUUGUUUUUCCAGGUUGAAUUUGUCAUAGAUUUUUGUUUUUUCAAUUUAGGGUUAGGGUUUUGUGCAUGCAAAUUUAAUUGGGAGUGUUUUUUCAUACCCGGUUCAUUUUUUUCGUUGGUUAUGUUGCUUUGGAAAAUGGGAAAUUUCUAUUUAUGAUUUUUCAUUCGAAUAAAGCAUCAAAAUCGGAGCUUUUUUUAUUUUAUUUGGGAUGGACUAUUUUUUUUUCUUCUUCUUCUUCUUCUUCUUGUUAUUACUUAUGUUUUGGGCUUCAUAGUGGAUUGAAUUGGUGUGGUAUCUACUACAAUUUGCACCCUGAAAAGUGAACAAGCUGAAAUACUGUGAUGAAGUGUGGUCAUUGGAAGGUAUUGUUGUGAGCGUAGCACUCUGAAUUUGAGGUGGAAUUUUUAGUCAGAUCAUGGAUCCUGUAAGGGAUGUUGGUAGUGUUGUAGGGACAGUGUUGAUUCCCAUGCGGUUUGUGUGGCCAUAUGGUGGGAGAAGUGUUUUUCUCAGUGGUUCUUUCACAAGGUGGUCUGAGCUUUUGCCAAUGUCUCCAGUGGAAGGUUGCCCAGCCGUAUUUCAAGUUAUUUAUAGAUUGCCCCCGGGUUACCAUCAGUACAAGUUUUUUGUUGAUGGAGAAUGGCGACAUGAUGAGCAUCAACCUUACGUACAUGGACAAUAUGGGAUUGUCAACACUGUCUUAUUGGCAACUGAUCCUAACUACAUACCUCUUAUAACUUCAGACAUUGCUUCCGGAAAUAACAUGGAUGUGGAUAAUGAGACUUUUCGCCGCGUGGUCCGGGUGGCGGACGAUGCAUUGAGUGAGGUGCUUCCAAGAAUAUCAGAUACUGAUGUACAGAUUUCUCGUCAGCGUAUUUCUGCAUUUCUGUCUAAGCACACAGCUUAUGAAUUACUUCCUGAGUCAGGCAAGGUUGUUGCGUUGGAUGUUGAUUUACCAGUGAAACAAGCAUUUCAUAUACUGCAUGAGCAGGGAAUAUACAUGGCUCCUCUCUGGGACAUGUGCAAGGGGCAAUUUGUUGGUGUUCUUAGUGCUUUGGAUUUUGUCUUAAUUUUAAGGGAGUUGGGGAAUCGUGGGUCUAAUCUGACAGAAGAGGAGCUUGAAACACAUACCAUAUCGGCUUGGAAAGAAGUAAAGUCAUAUCUAAACAAACAGAACAAUGGACAUGGAACUGCAUUUUCUAGACAUCUUAUCCAUGCAGGACCAUAUGAUAAUCUUAAAGAUAUUUCCAUGAAGAUCUUACACAAGGAGGUCUCAACAGUCCCUAUUAUCCAUUCAACUUCUGAAGAUGGUUCAUUUCCACAGUUACUACAUCUUGCUUCACUUUCAGGAAUACUCAAAUGCAUUUGUAGGUAUUUUAGGAAUUGCUCUAGUUCAUUGCCUAUACUACAACUUCCAAUCUGUGCAAUACCUGUGGGCACAUGGGUGCCCAAAAUCGGGGAAUCAAAUCGACGGCCUCUAGCAGUAUUGCGACCGAGCUCUUCUCUUGCUUCAGCCCUAAAUUUAUUAGUUCAAGCUCAAGCAAGUUCAAUACCAAUUGUUGAUGAUAAUGACUCAUUACUGGAUAUAUAUUGUCGAAGUGAUAUAAUGGCUUUGGCAAAGGACAAGGCAUAUACACAUAUCAAUCUUGAUGAAAUGACUGUUCAACAGGCUUUGCAGUUGGGCCAGGACGCAUACGAGCUUAGAAGUCAACGAUGUCAGAUGUGUUUGCGUUCUGAUUCACUGCAUAAAGUGAUUGAGCGUUUGGCAAAUCCAGGUGUGAGGCGGAUUGUUAUCGUGGAAGCAGGCAGCAAGCGUUUAGAAGGCAUUGUCUCAUUGAGUGACAUAUUCAAGUUCUUUCUCAGUUAGUUUUUUGGACUGGUAAUGCAGGAGUUAAAUGGUAUGUGCAGUACUAUAUCAAAUACUUAAUUUAGGCCACCAUCACUUCAAAGAUGUAAUGUUGUUAUUUAUGUUGUGAUUCGAUCUCAUUUUAUUGUAAUACAAUUAGAUUGGCCUCUUGCUUUGGCGCCUCAUUUUACUAUUUUAGGCUAGAGAUAGAGGCUUGUAAAUUCUGAGUAUUUAUUGCCCUAAAUUUAUUCAUCUUCCCAUUUGUAUCAUCUUCAAAAUUAAAUGUAUUGUGCCUCUGAUACAAGAUACUGAAAAGGUGUUGGGGGGGAGCAAAAGAAAAGAUAUGUAAUCAUUACAUGUUAUUCUUGCUU